AUGGCGAGUGAGGACUUGGCGAAGAUCCAACAGCAGAUCCGAAUCCUGAAGGACAGUGACUCCAACAACGCUGAGAAGGCGAAUGCUGCGCGGUCUUUGGAAAACCUUGCCGACAGCCCCGAGAAGCGCUUAGCCGUUGAAUGUGCAGGUGGAGUGCCGCCGCUGGUGGAGCUGCUCAACGAUGGUGAUGAUUUUGCGAAGGGGCAGGCUGCUGAGGUUCUGUACGUGUUGGCAAAGGACAGGCAGGUCGCCAAAACCAUUGUGGCCUGCGGCGGCCGGGAGGCCCUAGAGGCUUUGGCUGAGGACCCCAGAGACGAUGAGACGGUGAAGUGGGGGAGUGAUUUGGCUCGAAAAGCUCUGAAGCGGUUGCCUGAAGAGACUAAGGAACUUAUGGAGAUCCGAGAGCAUGUCCAAGUCCUGAAGGACCCAAAAGCCGACGACGACAAGAAGCGGAAGGCUGCGAGUGGUUUGGGAAUCGUGGCAUACGGCGAGGAAAAGAUCCAGUUGGCCGUCGAGGCCGAAGGUGCUUUGCCGCUGCUGGUGGCCCUGCUCCGCGACGGCGGCGAUCGGACGAAGUACGAGGCUGCCUUGACUUUGGGCACAUUGGCCGAAGACAAUUCCCAGGUCGCCCAAGCCAUCGAGGCGUGCGGCGGCCGGGAGCCCUUGGAGGCUUUGGCUCAGGAUCCCAGAGAUGGUGAUAUGGUGAAGCUGGGGAGGGAUUAUGCUCAGGAUGUUCUGAAGCUGCUGCCUCAACCUCGUAGGUCACGUGAGUCACGCCCAAACCCGGUCCAAGUGGUGAAGGCCUUGGAGUCUGGCACCAGCGAUGAGCAAUGCAAAGCCGCGGAGCAGCUGGGGAAGUGGGCGGCCACAUCAGAUGAGAAACGAGCUGCGAUUCGCCAAGCAGGUGGAUGUGAAGGACUGGUGGCCUUAGUGGUCAAUGGCGGUGAGGCUGCCAAAUGGCACGCUGCCAGGGCCCUCCGAAAUUUGGCCAACCAUCCUGAGGCCAAAGAAAGCAUCCUGAAAGCUGAUGGCAUUGCAAUACUGACCCCUAUUGCGAAGCAUGGCAGGGGCAAAGUAAAGGAAGCAGCCAGUGAAGCUUUGAACUUGCUUUCUUUGGCCGAUGCCAAAGCCAAGCCAGCUCCAGUGGACACCAAGCCAGCAGCAUGAUACGGUGGCUGGGGACGGCCCAGAUUGAGUAUCUGGUCGUUUUGUUCCACUUUUCUCACUUUGGUCCUUCCAAAGUCGUUUCACCUGCGAAGGUUGCCUCAUUUUCAUCUCAUACACAUUUGCAGCUUGAGGCUUUCGCCAUCGAACAAAAUGCCAAUUCUAGCAG